CGAUCCGGGAGUGGCAAUAAGGUUUGUAACUAAUACCACUAAUAAAUCGAGGCAAACUUUAUUAAAUCGUCUUUUAGCGAAGUGUUAUUAACAUCAAGAAAAAAAAAAGUAUAAAAGCUAAGAUUGAUAGCAGAUUUUAUUCUCUUACUCUCAAAAAUUUUAAAAACGACGAUAUAUUCCGACUAAAAUACUUGGUUAUAAAAUGUUAGUCCAUCUUCGCUAAACAACCCAAAACAAAAAAAUUAAACAAAUAGUUGUUGGUUUAGUCAUUGGAAAUCAACAUUAAAAAAUUGCUUCAACUAAUACGAAAUAAAACUAUGGAGGAAACGUUUGGUAAAAGACAUUUAAAUAGUAAAUUCCAGCAUCGGAGUAGUUCUGCAGUUGAAGUACUAAAGAAACAAAUUGACUUAGAAAAGAGUACCUUAAAGUACCACAAUUUAAGCCAGAUUCCAGAGGAAAUCGCUGAACAGGAGGAGCAAGGAGAUCAUUUCCAAAGUUUAGUCAAUGAAUUGGGUGUAGCAACUAAAAAACGGCCAUCUUUUAAAGAAGCUCUGCCAACCUUGUUAGCUUCGAAGUCGCAGGAUCGUGCAUUAAGCAAACAACAAUCUAAACUAAAUCAGAGUAACAUUUCGGGCAAAGAGCACGCACAUUUGAAAAGAUUAUUACCGCCUUCUAACCGUUUUAAAGAGCAUAAUCAUGAAUUGGAUGCGGAAUAUGUAGAAAAAUUAAUGGUGGGGUCUAGAGAGAAAUUUAACAAAACCAUGAGAUGGCCUCAGUUAGAAUGCUUUCACGCGCUUAUACCUAAAAGUAAAGACAACGAUCAAAUAAUUUACAUCGAUGAAAAUCUACCUAAAACACUGGAGACAGCUACUGAUCUAGAGGCUGUUGAUCUUUAUUGUCCUCAUCGUACUUUAACGAGCGGAGAAGAAGUUCGUUUAGUGUAUACUUUACAUGCUUUUAUUCUUAUAUUGAAGAUGCGAGACUGUGUUAUGUUGAAUAAUAAAAAAAUUGAAAAAGAAGAAAAUAGUAAUAAAGGCUUAGCAUUGGCUGAUGCAUAUCGUGAUCAAGGACUAGCGUUCUAA